UACCUCAAAGACCAUCAGCUUUGUAACGUGCAAAACAGAUACCAUCUCUCUUCAGUUAUGGCCGUGCUUCGUUGUACUUUAACUUUGCUUCUUCUGACCCUGGUACUGGGAGUAAACAAAGCAAAAUCCCAAUCAUUUAUUGGAGUAAAUUAUGGGCAAGUGGCCGACAACCUACCGUCACCGGCAGCCACUGCAAAGCUUCUCCAGUCCACUUCAAUCCAAAAGGUCCGGUUAUACGGGUCUGACCCAGCAAUCAUCAAGGCGUUAGCCAACACCGGAAUUGGCAUCGUCAUCGGCACCGCAAACGGCGACAUCCCCGCCUUAGCCUCAGACCCAAAUUUUGCCAAAAAUUGGGUGAACGCCAACAUAGUCGCAUAUUACCCAUCCAGCAAAAUCAUACUUAUAAACGUUGGCAACGAGGUUAUUAUGUCUGGAGAUAAUAAUUUGAUAUCUCAGUUGUUGCCGGCCAUGCAAAAUGUUAAGAAUGCCCUCGAUGCGGCGUCGUUGGGUGAUAAAGUCAAGGUCUCGACGGUGCAUUCAAUGGCUUUGUUGAAACAGUCUGAGCCGCCAUCUUCUGGGUGCUUCGACCCGAGUUUCGGAGACGUGUUGAAGGGACUCUUGGCGUUUAACAAUGCUAACGGUUCGCCUUUUGCGAUUAAUCCGUACCCUUAUUUUGCGUACCGGAGCGAUCCAAGGCCUGAAACGCUGGCGUUCUGCUUGUUUCAACCGAAUUCCGGGCGUGUCGAUGCCAACACGAAAAUCAAGUACAUGAACAUGUUCGAUGCUCAGGUGGAUGCUGUUCGUUCUGCAUUGAACGCCAUGGGGUUUAAGAAUGUUGAGAUUGUGGUGGCUGAGACAGGGUGGCCUUACAAAGGGGACAGCGACGAAGUAGGGCCAAGCAUUGAGAACGCAAAGGCUUACAAUGGAAACUUGAUUGCACACCUUCGAUCAAUGGUGGGAACUCCAUUGAUGCCAGGGAAUUCGGUUGACACAUAUCUCUUUGCUCUGUACGAUGAGGACUUGAAACCUGGACCAACUUCAGAGAGAUCCUUCGGGAUUUUCAAGUCUGAUCUUACCAUGAUUUAUGACAUUGGCCUCUCCCAGAGUAGCCAGACUCCGGUGGAGACUCCGGCAAUGCCAAAGACACCGGUGACACCGUCCUCACAGCCAAAGAAAGCAGCUUGGUGUGUGCCAAGGGCUGGUGUUUCAGAUGCCGAAUUGCAGGCGAGUUUGGAUUACGCUUGUGGACAUGGAAUAGAUUGUAGUCCGAUUCAACCAGGAGGGGCUUGUUUUGAACCAAAUACAAUCGCAUCACAUGCUGCAUAUGCCAUGAAUCUCUUCUAUCAAACUGCUGGUCGGAAUCCAUGGAAUUGUGAUUUCUCACAAACAGCCAUGCUUUCUUCCAACAACCCAAGCUAUAAUGGUUGCACUUACCCUGGUGGGAGUACCUGAGAAAAAAAAAAAGGAAUAAUCGGACAGAUAAAUAAAGGCAAUUGGGCAACUUUUGCUGUUCUUAUUCUCAUUUAGUGGGCAAGGCAUCAUCAGCUUUCACGAGUAGUAGGUGGAGAUUGGCAGCACAGCAUGUGCAAAUAUAUAUGCACAAGUUCUUCUAUUUUGCUCCUUUUCUUAUGUAAGGGCAGAAUUAUGCUUGUUUUCCUAUUUGUUUGGAAAUCUAUGAGGCUAUGUCUCGAUGUAUAUGUUUAUUUAGAGACUCUUGAAGAUUUGCUGUAAAAUAUGUACUUAUGAGUUUAGUGCAGAAGGGAAUCUAAUUGGAGGUGUGUGUUCUUUAUUCUCAA